AAAACUUCCGGUUUUAGUAAAAUCGGAAUAUGGUGGGAUAAAAUUCCGGAAUAAAGAGGAACAAACAUGGCGGCUUCCAGUGGUCAAGAAAAUGCUGUGAUGGAGUUUGCAGUCAACAUGACAUGUGAGGGGUGUGUUAAAUCAGUAAAGAAUUCACUUCAAGGAGUAGAAGGUGUGAAAUCAGUCCAUGUAGACUUGAAAAAAGACCAGGUAGUUGUAGAGAGCAGCCUGACCUCUUCACAAGUACAGUCUCUGAUUGAGAAGACAGGAAAGAGUGCAGUUCUCCAGGGUUAUGGGGGAUUCAAUGAAACUCCAUUAGAGUCUGGUGUUGUACAAUUAAAUGCUGGUGACAGCAACAUCCAAGGUGUCAUUCGUCUAGUCCAAUCAAAUCCCUCCAAAUGUAUUAUUGAUGGCACCAUUGAUGGACUUCCAGAGGGAAAACACAAACUUUUCAUCCAUGAGUUAGGCGACAUUUCUCAAGGAUGUGACAGCUGUGGUGACAUACUUGGGAGACUAAGUCCCCAGACAGAGAAGCCAUUGGGUGAACUAGGAGAAGUUGAAGUGUCUACCAAUGGGCGAGCUGAUUUCAGACUGACCAAUGAGAGGUUAAAAGUGUGGGAGAUGAUAGGACGAUCCAUCGUUGUACAUCGAGGCUCCCCAAAUAUUCAGCAAAAACUUUCCUGUGGUAUCAUUGCAAGAUCUGCUGGGCUUUUCCAGAACUCAGAGAAGAAAAUAUGUUCUUGUGAUGGUGUGACAAUUUGGAAUGAGAGAAACGUUCCGCUGGCUGGAUCAGGCCGCAAAUCUAAAAUAUGAAAAAUUUUUAUUUGCCAUCACAGUGCUUUAAUAAAAAGUCCCCAAUCUGAAAAUAGUGAUUAAAUAAUGAAAUCUCUGAAUCAGAUGUUUUUUUGGUAAUAAAAAAACAAAUUUAAACUGCAAUUAACAUUUUUUAAGCAAAGGGGGAAGUUAAAAUAAAUUGAUUGUAGUUACACUAUUAAAUAUAUUUAAAAUUAUUCUCCCUAUAUUGAAUAAAUAAUUAAAGCUAUGUAAAUGUGGACUCAGCACUUGAUUAUAUUAUGUAUGCUUUAAGAGGACCAUGUGAUAUACUGUUGUAUUGUUAUGAGAGGUUUUGCUCUAUUUUUAUGUAUGUGAAAUGGUCUCCUUCUUGUUUUAAUAAAACACAACACAACAUACCCUGUCAUAUUUUUUUUUAUUAAAAAAGAAUUGAUCAUACAAAUAAAAACAGUACAGUAGACUACAAAUAUAAAUAAUUUUUAUAUAUAUAUAUGUGUGUGUGUGUGUGUAGAAUGAGUAAAUAUCUAUCUUCUAAUUAAGUCUAGGACCAGUUAAGUGCUUGAGAAUACUUGGUAUUAAUCCAUUUUGUUUCACCAUUCGAGUUUGUUAUCAACACAAAGGCACUGCAGUUUCUUCCCUUUUUAUCCCAAUUUUAGGCACAGAAUUGGAGUCGGGUUGGCACAAUGUGAAUAGCACAGCAGGAGAAUGAACAUGUUCACAGAAUAAAGUUCUGUGUCGCAUAGUUAAAUAUUGGUGAGUGUCAUUCUAUGAUAAGUCAGUCCUGAAAAAGAACCACUUUCAAGUUUCGUUAUCGGUCUUUUCUUGGUACUUUUUAAUGUGCUCCUGAAGCUUGUCUUGGUCAAAAAAGUUU